UGCAUCUUCAUGUCAGCCUGCUGCGUGCUCGGAGAAAAAAAUUUGUCUGUUUGGAGUUGUUUUCAGCUGCCAGUGUUUUUUUGUUUUGGCUGAAAAACAUCACUUUAAAAGCUGGAGUGUCAUCUGUCUCAAAUUUUAACCCGACAGGACUGUUAAUGGCCUGAAUCAUCUCCAUGGAGAAGAAAAAUGAGAUUUGCUGCCCUUUCAUCCCGCAGCACAACAGUUUGAGAAAAACAUGUGCUGAGAUAGUCAGUGAAGCCAGGCAGUCCCUGAGAGUUCAGUCCACCCAGAGACCAUUUACUCCAAGAGAUGUGCACCGACAACUUUUUAGGAGGAACUCUCAUCUAGCAGAUCAUGACUUCAGACCUCCAUCUACCUUUAGUCUUCAUGCUCAAAAUUUUGAUGCUUCGGACUCCAGACCAGGUUCAGGAACUCGUCUCUCUCCUCUGGACCAUAAACCAAAGUAUCCAGUCCCUAGUAAUGCUGAUGAUCCAUUUAAAGUCUUUCCUAAACCCCCCACUGACCCACUGGAAUUGAGGAGGGGACUGGCAGGAGCUCGGCCUCGCCUCCUCAAGACUGGAUCUCUGACAUCAUUGCCGUCUUUGGAAGCAAACAAAGAUGUGAAAGAAAGAUUAAAUCAAGGCCCAGGACAAAGUCACCUGUUAGCUCUACAUCUUUCCAGUACAGACCACUCAGACAGUGCAGUUCACAGUGGUCCUCUGAAGCCUGGCCCAAGCAGAACGGCAAGUGAAAGUAGAAUAGUGCAGCCUGUUGACUCAGACGUCAGAGCCACAGAGUGCAGAGAAGAGCGGAGAACAGAGCUGGGGUAUCGGCACAACACCACAAGCACAGAGCAGGAUACAGACUCAUUGGUGUGGAAUAAUGCAAUUUUUCCUCUUCUUCAAGAGCUUGAGAGUGUGGCUGCAGGCAGCUCUGAGGGCUCGGUGGACCAUCUGUGUGAUUUGUGUGACCGUCUCCACGGCACGUUGGCAGACACAGACAUGCUCGGUCGACGCUGUAAGAGGAGGUCGGGGAUACUACGAACACUGUUCCGGCUCAUCGACCUCAACUCUGCCCACCUCAACCUGCACAUUGCCAAGCUCUGUCUCGCUCUGUGUGUCAGUGGAAAAAAUCUGCUCAACAUCUGUAAGCUCAUCUUUCAGAUCAGCCGAAGUGAAAACAACGACAUCCUCUUCAACAGCUCUGUUAUUGACUCAUUGCUGGGCGUGCUGAGCAAGGAGGAUGUGUGUGUAUCAGGAGAAGCUUUGCUCUACUGUGUUGGUACUUUGAAGUUUAUCUCUGGGAACUCUACUAUCCUCAGGCUUUUGCUGGAUAAGAAUUGUAUUGGUGUAGCUCAAAAACUCAUCCAGAAGCUCUGUGCAGUAGAAGACACCAACUUUACUAUAGCAGGGCACAUCCUUUUACAGCUGACGGCCACCCUGAGGAACCUUGCUGAUCAUCCCGAUUCUCGUUCGCUCUUUGUUUCCUUCUCUAUACUGCCAGCGCUCUGUGUGGUACUGCGUCAUCACUGUAGAGACAGAGACAUCUGUACAAACAUUUCCAGAAUUUACAGUAAGCUCUCCUCUUACUCUGUGUGCUGUCUGGCUCUGGCCGAGACCCAUGAAUGCUACCCAUUAUUUUUGGAACUGCUGGGCAAACAUCAUCAAAAACAGGACCUUGUUGUACGUCUUCUCUUUACCCUUGGGAACCUCACAUCCAAAAGCGAUGAGCCUCGGCUCGAGCUCUAUCAGUGUGAAGGCUGCAUGGAAAUGCUCCUCCAAAUUUACAACACCUACCAGAGGAAAGACAUGUUACCCCACACUCCCAUGCAGAAAGGUGCCCGUUUCUCCAGUGAUUCUGCCAUUCCUCCCAUCAAUGCGAAGGAGGCGGAUGACGUGUUGGUGAAGUUGGUCAGGGUGCUGGCGAACAUGUGCAUCCACCCCGCAGUUGGUCCAUUGCUGGCCACGAACAUAACCUGCAUUCAGCUUCUGAUGGAGACACUGGAGCUGAAGUCUGUACAGGAGAGCAAGGAAUUGAUGGUGAAUGUUGCUGCCACCAUCAAUAACUUGUCAUUCUACCAGGAAGAAAACUCAGAGAUCAGACGCAAUCGGCUCGCCAUCGCAAAGUUGAUGUUGAAGUUGGUGCUUAGCUCCUGUAUGGACGUCAUGCUAGAGGCCGCCCGUGUCUAUGGAAACUUGUCACAGUACAAAGAUGUGCGGGAUUUCAUCAUGCAAAACAAAGUUUACCAGUUUGUGGUGAUGCUGCUUGACUCAAAGAGCAAUGAGAUGUGUUUUUCAGCCUGCGGGGUUUUGACCAACCUGGCUGUGGACCCUCCCAACAGGAUCUGUCUCACACUAGAGGGGGCUACUGCCAAGCUGGUGGACUGUCUGAGAGACUUUGGACCAGGUGACUGGCAGCUGGCAGGUCAGGCCUGUCAGGCUGUGUGGAACCUGACUGGUGGCUCAAUGAAGCUGUUAGACACACAGGAAAGAGAAACACUUCUGGAGAUUCUCACAACAUACUUAGAUGAAGAACAGGCUCUGAAGUGGAUUGAAAAUGAAGAAGCAAGGAGCUUCCACAGGACUUGCUGGGAGGUAGAGUUUCUACCUUCUGCUCAGAAACUGGUACAGGGGUUCUCCAGUCUCCAGACCUGACAACCUGACAUAAAACCAGUCCAGCUAUAGUGUUAUUAUAGAACCCUUUGCCUUAGUCAUAUAAUAAAUUUAUAUUUUUCCAAAUAUUCACCUCAUGUGGAUGUUCUAAAAGUGGCUGUGAACAUUUGCAGUUCUCCUUUCAUGGAGAAAGAAAUUACUUUGAAUUAAAAUAUUUUAAAAACAACUUGAAACAAUGAGGUGCAGGAUGACUCUCAAUGUUGUUUUGCUGUAAGUAUAACCUUCCAAGUAUGUUCAGUAUGCUCCAGUCAUCAUUUUACCAUCUUGUGACAAACAUUUUACAGCCUACAGAUGGUGAAUAUGAAACCCAUCGUAAACUAAAUGUUUAGGGUCUACAGUUUAGGUUUUAAAUGUCAUUAAGCAGAGUAUAAAAAGAAGAAUAUUAAAUGAUAACAAAAAGUAAAAAGUAUGUUUGUAAAAACUUACCAGAUUAUUUUUUAAAUCCUUAGUUUUUAAUAUCUGCACACACAUUUUUAAUCCUCCUGUUUUUGUUACUUUCAUGCACUUUAAGAAAAGCUUACUGAAACAUGAAUUUAUUGGGAUACUUACAUGUACUUUUUGAACACGCUCUUUACACAUAGAACAAUUAUCUUGAACUUGAUUUCAGGUUGUGACGGGAUUUUAAUGAUAAUGUGAUCAAACAAGUGACAGACCUGUAAUUUACCUCUUAGGUAAAUCUUGUAUCAUCUGUAACUGUGUGGAAUUUGAGCUUGUGUAUAAUAAAGCUGAGCAAA